UUCAGCUUUAGUUUCAUUAUGAUGUGCUUAUGGUCUAAUGCUGCAUUGUGUGCUCGCAUAGUUGCAUUUCUUUAACCCCUCUCUAUAAUACCCACCUUCUCCCACACCAACUGGUCAAUUAUAAAAGGCUUGCAGCAACGAUUGGGCAAAUUCCUGCCUUUCAACAAUUAGCCUUCUCUCAGCGAAAAGCCAUGUCACAGAGAAAUCCCGCAGAUUUGAUUGAUCAGUUGUUGAUGACCAGUAUAAUUUAACCCUGAUUACACAGCACAGUGAUGUAUCUAUGGAAAAGAUUAUAUGACAGUUUCCAAUACCUACUGGACUUCCUGGCUACACCACUGAGACAGUGUACCCUUUUCGGCACACUCUAUUAACAUGCUCAGAACAGUGUUCUCCUUUCAGUAUUACUUGAGCAGUAAUGCAGAAGUAUUUAACUUUUUGAUGUUUUGCUUCUACAAAAGCUGUUAUAAAGCUGUUCUAUCCAAUUAUUUACUAUGGUUUUGAAAACAGAGUGCUUUGCUACUUUUGCAUUUCUAAAGACUUUUAAUAGUUUUAUGAUUAUUGCUACAGCCUUUAAGAUUUAUGAGAUUUUGUUCUGAAUGUCAAAUGUUUUAUGAUUUAUGUGUCUAAUUGAGUAUAUGAUUAUGAUUAUUAUUCCUGAGGGAUCAGUGUCCAUGAUGAGUUUAGAAUUACCAUCUGUUAUUAAUUCAGCUUUCUCUGAAAUGUGACUCAACUGUCUAGACACUUUCACAUGUGUGAAAGUAUAGUAUAUGUUCUUGAAAAAGUUAUCAGGACCUAGUUAUCAAAGGUUAAUCACGACAGCUGGGUCAUUUGAGAAUUUUGUCAAACCAUGAGAUGGAAGUGACAGAGAAAGGCAUCCAAAGUGUGAGAAAGUACAAUGACGCUUUGGAACCACAGGAAGGUGAAGAGAAAGAAAGAUACAUGGCCCGUCACCAAAAAGUAUGGUGUUAAAUUGCAGAGAAUUGUUUCUGGUUUUUCACUUCAUAUGCUAUUAUUCACACUUUGUUGUGACAGCCAGCAUCACCAGACAGGACAUCAUCCAAAAUCUGUAUUAUUUCCAUAAUCAUGAUAUUAGCAUACAGUCUGUAGUCCAAGAAUCCUUAUAUAUUCUGGGCGAGCCAGCCAGGAGUGGCCAUUUAAAUGAACCUGGGCAUCCUUGGGCAUCAUAACAUUAAAGGAGCUGCAGGAAUAUCUGGUAAGUUCUGGUCACUCCCUGCUGUGAAAAUGGGCGAAGGUAAAGCGUUGAUGUGUAUGGCGUUAAACACUUGCUUAGCAAUAGCAGGAAAUGACAGCUGUCCUGAGUCAAAACAUUGCCCAUGGCCAUAUAUCAUCAUUUUUAAUUUCAUGUUAUUACAUUGCUUCGUAUUACAUGGCCGUUCAAAUGUGUAAAUGAUGGUAGAAGGUACACUCAUAUGGCAUCUAAUCAUGGCACUCAUAUGGCAGUUCCCAUGCAUGAGAUGCACUUCCGCUAAAGGGAUGCAUCUGUUUAGUGUCAGCACAAUUAAACAUUAUAUUAUUAUUAUUAUAUUUGCAUGUAUUUAUCAACACUACAUUUAGAUAUAACCAAUCCUGUACCUCUAUUGUGUCAUAUGUGUUUUAUAGUAAUCUCUGUUUAUCUAAGAAAUAUCUCAAUAAUCAGUUAUACGUUCGCUUCCUGGAAUGUUCUGAAAUAAGUCUACUCUGCAAAGCUUGUGAACUUGGCAAAGCUGAUGAUCAAAUACCACACAUUCACACAGUGUCAUUUAGCACGUAAAAGGGGAUGUAAGUGUCCCUUUCAGUGUGUGUCAAGAUUUCCAAAUCAUUAUAUAGAGCACUCAUCAGUUUUGUCAGACACAUCUAAGCAAGAAAUGUCGCACGAAUUAACCAAGCCAAACAUGGUGUGGACAACAGAUCUGAGCAAUCUGGUCCUGGCGGUGGAUGCCAUCACCCUGAUCGCAGGUGUUCCUGCCAACCUGCUGGCUCUCUACACCUUCAUUCAAAAGGUGAAGCAGCGAUGUACGCCCAUCGAUGUGCUCUUGCUCAGCCUCACCAUCUCAGACCUGAUCUUCCUUUUCUUCCUUCCGUUCCGCAUGAAAGAGGCGGCCGACAUGGAAUGGACCCUGAGCUACUUCCUCUGUCCACUUUCAGGGUUCUUCUUCUACACAACCAUUUACAACAGCACCUUCCAUUUAACAGCUAUCAGUGUGGAGCGUUAUCUGGGAGUGGCGUUUCCAAUCAAGUACAAACUCAAGCGACGUCCUCGAUAUGCCGUGAUCGCCUGUGUCAUGUUCUGGGUGGUUUCCAUGGCCCAUUGCAGUAUUGUCUACAUUAUGCAGUACUAUAGGCACAAUAAUGAAAGUUUCACUGAUCCAUCCAAAAAGGAGGUCUGCUAUGACGGGUUUAGCGAUGAACAGUUGAACACCCUUUUGCCGGUCCGUUUGGAAUUGUUCCUCGUGCUGUUCUGCACCCCUUUUAUCAUCUGCAGCUUCUGCUACAUCAAAUUCAUCCACAUUCUCUGCCACUUACCUAACAUCAAACCUAAGAAGCGCUUCAGGGCCAUUGGGCUUGCCCUAGCCACCCUCCUGGUCUUUAUCAUCUGCUUCAUGCCUUACAAUGUGUCCCAUGUUGUAGGUUAUAUUAAAUGGGAGAGUCCUGCUUGGAGAGUGUAUGCACUGCUCCCCAGCACCCUGAAUGCCUGUUUGGACCCCCUCGUUUUUUAUUUUUCCUCUUCAGCACUUCGGGGGACUUUAAAACACCUGAUACAAGGAUCCAACAAGCGGAGGCACCCCUCCGGCUGCCGGAAUUUCCUCAACUGUCCCAAGUUAAACUGUACUGCGCAUGAAGAAAGCACACAAAGUUCCAAUGACACUUCUCACUAGAAGCGCACAAUCUAUAAUCGCAGAUAAGUAAAAAAUUUUUACCGGCAUGUUAUAAGGGUUGUGCAACCAUUACAUUUUACAAGUCAACCAAUCAUUCAAAAAAGUAGUUUACGGAUUCUAAUAAACAACAGCAAAAAAAUGUCCAAUCCUGUGACAGUUAAAAGCCAUACAGCGGUUAUGAAUGACAUUUCCAGCUUCAGUGUUUCUUUAGGCUAUACAAUUAACAACAAAAAUGUAAAUCAAUCAGUCCAGUAAAUGUGUAAAAUAAUAAAUAUGUGUAUCUUGUUACACUAUUUAAGGAUAUACCAAUCCUUAUAUUGCAUAUGGACUACAUGGUGGCUCAGCUGAAAUGUCUGACUUUGCUAGUAAUGAGUGCGCAGCAUGGAAGCUCGUGUCCUUCAGCAGAGAGGUGUCCUUCCUUGGCUAGAUAAUACAAUGUCUACAGCAGUGACUGAGGGAUAUUCCCAAGUUGAUAAUGAACUGCCACAUUCGACUGUGGUAUUGUAAAUGCCACUUCAGUAGUGCCUGAAAAUAUUCAUCCGUGCUUUUUGGCCACUUGUG